AUGUCUUUAAAAAAUGAAUCUAUUAUAUCUUUAUUCUCUGAAUAUUUACUUCGUGAACAUCGAAGUGAUAUCUAUCGAAUAUCCCUACUGAACUCAGAACCUCAUCAAUCUAUUAUUGUUCAUUUUAAUAAUCUCUGUGAAUUUAAUAGUAUCUUUUCAGAACUUUUGCUAUCUAAACCUAAUGAAACACUCAGUCUACUGAAUCAAAGUGUUUGUCAAGUUUUACAAUCCAAUCAGCUGGAAGAGAUCAAUAAAAGUCAAUGUGAACAAUCAUCUGGGAACAAAUCAAAAGUACACAUCCGUUUGACAGCACUACCGAUUAUACCAGAAGUGUAUAAAAAUCAUAUACCAACAUCAAAUGAUAUCGGAAAAUUUAUCGCAUUGAGAGCUAUUGUCAGUCGUGUUGGUCCUAUCCAAAUUAUUGAAGGUGAAGCAAAGUAUCUAUGUCAACAAUGUGGACACAUGUUCACUGUAUUAGCUAAUUAUGAAAAUCAAUAUACUAUUAAACCACCACGGUUUUGUCCUAAACGUCAAACCUCAUCACAACCAUGUUCCAGUAUGAAUUUAAAACGUUUAUCAAUAGGAUCACAGUUUUCGGCUAAAAAUUAUCAAGAAAUUAGAGUACAUGAACAAUUCGGUUGUCUGACAGUUGGUGUUAUGCGUAAAUCAAUUUGUGUUUCUAUUGAAGAUGAUUUACUAGAGUGUGUAAAACCUGGUGAUGAAGUUGUUGUCAAUGGAAUUGUAACACGACGAUGGCGAUCAAUGAGAGAAGGAGUGCCCUGUGAAAUAUCCACCUAUCUGAAAGCAAAUUAUAUUGAAAAUUUAACUGAAAUUAAAGCAGGCGGUGGACCAAGUCAAAUCUCUUAUGAAAGAGUAUUAGAAUUUGAAGCAUACUGGAAUAAGCAUAAAAGUUUUUGUUCAGCUUUAGAAGCUAGAAAUUUACUUCUACGUAGUAUAUGCCCAGAAGUAUAUGGAAUGUAUCUGAUUAAAUUAUCGUUGGCGUUAAUGCUUGCUAGUGCACCUGAAUGGCAUUCAACAUCCGGUGAAUCUUCAACAGGAGUUGAUGAACUCUCCAUACGUAUUCGAGGAAAUCCUCAUAUUCUACUUAUUGGUGAUCCUGGUACAGCGAAAUCAGUCCUCCUACGUGGAUGUACAGCUCUUUGUGAAAGAGCUGUAUUAACAGCUGCAACAGGAACUACUGCAGCUGGUUUAACUGCUACAGCUGUACGUGAUUCUAGCGGUUGGACAUUAGAUGCUGGUGCUCUUGUUUUAGCUGAUGGUGGCUUGUGUGCUAUAGACGAGUUUACUGCAUUGCAUGGAGCACAUCGUGCUGCAGUACAUGAAGCAAUGGAACAACAGACGAUUAGUUUAGCUAAAGCUGGUCUCAUGGCUAGACUUAAUUGUCGUUGUUCUGUUUUAGCAGCUGCCAAUCCAACUCCAAGUUCUGUUGCUAGUGGAAGUGAAGAUUUUGGACUACCAACUCCAUUGUUAAGUCGCUUCGAUUUGAUAUGGCGAUUAGUUGACCCUAUUGAUUCAGUUGAAUGGGAUCGUCGAAUUGCUAAUUUUGUUUUGGAUUUAGAUCAACCGAGAAACUCGACGAUGAAUAAUGGGAAAAAUAAGCAACGUCUAUGGUCUACAAAUGAUUUAAAAGAAUAUUUUGUAUGGAUACGUGAUCGUUUCAAACCACAGUUAACUCUGGCAGCAGCUAAUCUCCUUCAACGAUAUUAUGUAUGGCAACGUAGUCAAAUGUCUGCUGUUUGUGAUGAUAUCACAGCUGGUGCACAUGGUCGACGAACAUUACGCUUGCUAGAAAGUCUUGUACGUUUGACUAAAGCUCAUGCUAGACUAAUGUGUCGAAAUGAAGCUGUUGUAGAGGAUGCUGUUGUCGUAAUCUAUCUAGUCGACUGUUCGCUAUAUUCAACUGGUUCUAUCAGAGGUGAUGAUGGUCAUGGCCGAGGUGGUGGUAAUACUGAAUUCAGUCCGAGUAUUUCAUUGUCAAAAUGUAUUUCACCUGAAUUAAUUGUUUCAACCAAUAUCCCAGAGAAUGCAAGUCAUGAUUAUGCACAAAUUGAAAAGUUAAUAUUAACAACUUUAAAUAGCAGCAACAACACCAGUAGUAGUAAAUCUGUUGAACACAUUGAACGUGUGGAUAAUUUAAACAAAUUGAAACAAUUCAAUCAUCAUCAAUAUCAUGAUAAUAUACAAUUAGAACCAUUACUUAGUUCAACACAACUUGUAAAUAAUAACAGAAAGAAAAAUAUGCUGAAGACGAAUAGUCCAGGGGACGAAGAGCAACACCACCACCAACAACAACAACGGUGGCCGCAAGAACUGGGACAACGACACAGUCAAUCAGCUAAUAAUAAAAGGCUACAUCAACAUGAUAUGUCAUGCUUGUCAGUAGAUCAAGAGAAUGACACAACAUCUGUGGUGAUGACGCCAUCAUCGAAAAAGUUUAAAUGGACAGCAGUAAACGAAUCUGUUGUAGAUAUUAGUAGUAGUAAUACUAGUAAUCAUGAUGACAGUCAUAAGAACUACCUCCUUCCGUCUACUGACGAUGAUGAUGAUUAUGGGAAUGCUAUAUUGAGUGGAAAACCCUUAUGGAAUAAACAUACAUCCUCUAAUUCAUACAAUAUUUCAAUGAAUAAAUUGCCGAUAUCGACAGCUAAUCUGAUGAAAACUAAAGACGGUGUUAAGUGUUCUUCCAUCCGUGAUAAUGACAACAAUAAGGAGCAGGAGGAUAUUAUAUCAUUCGGUUUCAAUAUGGUCAUGAACAGUGAGAGUAUACUUAAUAGACAGUUGAAUAGCGAAGAUUUUGAAAUUGACUUAUAGAUUGUUAUUAUUACUUCAUGUAAAAAGAGAAUAUUUAUUUACUUAUAUUUUUCUAUUUUUCUCUUUUACUACUUAUUUGUAUUUAUAUAUAUUUUUUUAACUGAUUUACUUGAC